AUGGGCGGCAACGCAAGUAAAGUCACCGCCCAGGACAAGGCAAUCCUCGACAUGAAGCUCCAACGCGACAAGCUCCACCAGUAUCAGCGCCGCAUCACUGUCCUGACAGAUAAGGAAACCGCCAUCGCGAAGCAGAUGCUCGCAAAGGGCGACAAGCCACGCGCCCUCCUCGCCCUCCGCCGCAAAAAGUACCAGGAGUCCCUCCUCCAAAAGACGGACGCUCAGCUCGAGCAGCUCGAGAAGCUCACCUCCUCCGUCGAGUUUGCCAUGAUCCAAAAGGAUGUCGUCUUUGGCCUGCAGCAGGGUACCAAGGUCCUGAAGGAGAUACACUCCGAGAUGGGCGGCAUUGAGCACGUUGAGAAGCUCAUGGGUGAGACGGCCGAUGCCAUUGCUUACCAAAAGGUUCGUCGCUACUGCCGCCGCCGCACCCAGACCUCGGGCUCUUGGACAGCUGUAGUGGAAGUCAGCGAUAUGCUUGGCGGUCGUAUCUCGAAUCAGGACGAGGAAGAGGUCGAAGACGAGCUGGCGGCUCUCGAGGCAAGCGUCGCGGCGGAGGAGGCAAUCCGCAACCCUCCCAAACAACACAAGCUGCCCACGGUCCCCGACACAGAACCCGUCUUGCCCGACGAGCCAGAAGCAGAAGAAGCACAGCAGCCUGUCAGGACGAGACAGGCUAUGUUGGCGUCAUGA